AUGAGGAACACAGGGUGAUUCGAGUCAGCAAAACAAUUUGGAUUUUGAAAAUUCCAUUUCGACGAAUUAGUCCUGGAGAAGAAGCGGAACACGACGCCAAGAUGAUAAUUGAGAAAGAGCACCCGCUGGACAACUGCCAGGUGUUUGUUCAACUGCGGAAAUGUUUCCACGAUUACGGGCAGAAGGCCAAGAGCCUGAAAAGUCUCGUCUACUGGAGCGGUAACGAUGAGCACAUUGCGCAGAUCUGCGACCAGGUGGCUGCCAUACUAAUGGAGCACGAGCUGAUCCGCCAGGAGCCACACGCCAAGCGUCCUGAGGAGCUGGUGACCGGGCCAAAUGGACCGGUUGCCAUGAAUCACUUGCGCGGACUGCUGAUCUACCUGGUGUUGAAUACAAGCAAUGAAGCCGAGCCCCAGUGGAGCUCCCAGGUCAUACAUUUGUGCCACCAGCUGCCGGCCAUCCCACAAUUCCUAACCAUUGCCAUAGCCCUUAGGUGUGGCCUCCAACAGCCGCUUGAGGAGUUCCUCGCCUGCGGACCCCGCUGGCUGACCACACAGUACUUCGAAGCAUUCAAUGAGACUCUAUCGCACAUUCAUCCAGAUCUACUUGAUGCUUUGCCACUGGUCUUUGGCGCCCUUAAGGCAGCUGGCCGGGCCAUUAUCCAUCAUAAUCUGCCCGAGGAGAACAAGCGACUGCUGCGCCAGAUGGCCAGCAUGCUGCAGCGCCAUCUCCUGGACUCCAACGAGCGGCUGAAGACAUUGCCGCGUGCAGCCACACGAAGGAUUUACCUGGCAGAGGUCAUGCAACAGCUGCUGGAAGUCCUUCUGGAGACCUUGAGAAAUCCGAAGGGACGCCAAAAGCCCAACUGCUUUAGCAUCUACAGCCAAAUGAGCGCGGACAUCAGUGGCAGCUACUCAAACGACCCCAUGACAGAUUUGCGACUAUAUGCCCUAAUCCUCCUGGACGCCCUGCAGCGCAUUUUGCAGCUAAUCAGCGUGGACACCUUCAUGUACUGGCUGGAGAUUCCAUCGAAGCGCUUGCUGUACAGCUACCAGGAGCUAAUCUGCAGCCAGACGGCCGAGUUGCUUAAGCUAGUCGAGCAGGAUGAGGAACUCAGGCAGCAUUCGGUCUGCAAGCAGAUGCAAAGCUUUGCGGAGGCAGCCAAAAGCUUUGAUGAUCGUCUCGCGGAGCUGACACUUGGCGAGCUGUUGACCUUCCUGGACGGCGAUCUUGGCGAUGUAACCAGUGAGCAGCUGCUCGCCGGUCUGGACAACCUUUUUGGCCGCUCCAUAGCGUUCGGCAACGAUGAAUGCGUGGAGACGAUGGGAAAACAUCUACAGCUGCUCACCACGAAGCAUUCCGGAUUGAUACUGGUGUUCUUAAGCCAGGUGGUGGAAGCCAAAAUGGAGAUCCAAGACGAGGGCAUAUCCAUUACGGAGGUGAAGCAGGAGAAGGACGACGAUGAUGAUGAAAAUGAGCAACCCAUGUCCGUCAGUGGGGACGAAGAGGAGGAGGAGGAGUAUGGCAGCCUGCUAAACCUAGUGCUGCGUCCGCUGUUUCAGCAGCUAAGUGUGCCGGAUAAGAUCCAGGUGCUACAGACCCGCGAUGAGCUUAAUGUGACGGAUGGUUUUAAGUUCGAGGCACCCGAUCACCAGGAGCGUCGCAUACGUUUUUUCAACCGCUUGGACACAAACAAGAAGUUUCCGCUGGACGAAUUCCUGGGACUGUGCUAUGAGAACGCCAAGCAGACGUGGCUGGAUUUCGCACGGUUGGCCGUAACGCACCAACGCUUCAUGCUCCUGUUCUGGCGGUUGGCUUGCCAUGCUUGUCCCAAGCACGCUGCUUACAACAUUUCCGGCUGUGCUAGGGAAAUUUUGCUGGACGAGCAACUGCUGCUUAAGCCGAACGCCCUGCGCUUCCUGUCCUCCUUGUAUGGCCACCGGCAGAUCCUCAACGGUCUGCAUAUGGAAUCCAGUGUGCUUUGCGUUGGUUUGAAAGACGGCGCCUGUCCCUACGAAAAGGAGACGCUGAAGCAGGCACAAUGCAACUUUCUGGAGGCUUGUGCCGCCGGCCUGGCCAAGUUCAGUGAGCCCUUGAACUACAGCAGCCUGCAGCUUAUCCUGCGCCUACUGCUGGGGAUUACGGUGGCCGAGAAGCAGAUUAAUGUCCAGGGGAUUAAACAGCUGCGAAAGAUCAAGAAGGAACAAGCAAAACCCGAGGGCGGAGACGAUGCUCCUCUUGUCAAGGAGGCCAUGCGGUAUAUUGACAUGCACGCCUUUUUGCCCGAGUGGCGCCAAGAGAACUGGCCGCUAAUCUCCCAGAUAAUGGUAACCAUCGAUGCGUUGCGCUGGGACUUCACUACCUUCGAACAGGUCCGCGUGGAUACUUUGGGCCUGGCGGUGCGCUAUUGGGGUCGGGGUCUUUCUCACCUGAAGAUCCUGGGCGAGGAAUUUCGCCAGAGAAUCUUUAAUUUAGCCGGAAACUUGAGGCACAAGGACUUUUGGGUGGUCAAUCUGGAGGAAGCCAGCUCCAAUUACAGCAGGCGGCUCAUAAGAUUGCUGACACAGGCUAGCGGAUCGGAGGCAACAAUACUCUUCGCCAAGGUUCUGAUGAACCGCACCGAUUCCUCGGUCAUGGAAGAAUUAAGCGAUGCAGUGGAGCAGGCCAAGUGCGAGCCCGCCUUGCAGGCCUUCAAGUUCCUUUUCCGCAGCUACUUAAUCGCCUACCGAAAGCAUGUCAGGUUCAUCAAACCGAGUAGGAAGCGUCAUCAUUGGGACCAUUUGAUGACCGUUGUGGCCAAAGCUCCCUCCUCAAUCCGCAACGAAGUCCUGGAGGAAGCUCAUCAGGCGUUCGCUGCGCGUUUGCGCAUUAAUCCUAACGAGCAGGAUAAGCAGAAGUCCGAGGAGGUGCUCUAAACUUAUCAUAUUCCAAACCAAAAUCAAGGGGCCGCCCCUUCUCUAACAUUUAGAACAGUGUGCAGCGGCCUCGUACUUUAUGAAAUGUAUUAUCUAUGAUAAAUUAUCAUACAUUGUUAAGAAGCAACAUAAUAACUUGAUAUUUUUGUAUUACCUUAAAAAGGACGAUCAAAAUGAAUCUUU